GUAUGUAAAUUUACUACCAUUUGCCUAUUAUGCAACACUCAUAACAAUUCCAAGAUCUUUUUCGUCAUAUGUUUUUAGAAAAAUGAAAUAAAAAUGACCAACAUCACUAUAUGCAUCAAUAUGAACAUACCUUACACAAACAAUUUCCUAUCAUAGAGAUGCCCUUCUAAUUUUUUGAGUAGGUUGACAUAAAUUUAAAAUUCCUCGUCAAGGUUUUUGUAAAAUUCAACCUACUAAAAAUUUAUCGGCAAAAGUGGAUAAAAAUUAACACCUAUUAAUUUCAUUUCCAUUAAAUAUAAGGUAGAAUCACCAAAAAAUAACAAUGAAGAGCAAAACCACUGCUAUAUAUACCGAGUUUAUAUCCAUGUGAGCACACCAUUUCCGAGCAAAUAACAAUUCUUUGAUUUUCGACAAUGAAUCCGACCAAUAACCCCCAACCGAAAAAACACAAGGGUCGUCGAAAGGUGAACAUGGAAAAAAUGGAGAACGAAAGUAACCUCCAGGUCACCUUCUCAAAAAGGCGUGUGGGCCUAUUCAAGAAAGCCAGUGAGCUCUGCACUCUCACCGGCUCCAAGGCAGCGGUUGUCGUUUUCUCCCCUGGCGGCAAGGCCCACUCAUUCGGCCAUCCUGACGUCAAUACUAUUGCCGAUCAGUACCUCAACCCUAAUUCUCAAUCUGGCAAUAAUAAUGUCCAACAGAGCUCGAUUCCAAUUGAGGGUCAAGAAUAUCUGGCACAGCAUGGCCAAUUCUUGACCCUGAAUUCUCGACCAGCUGGCAAUCAUGCCGCUGGUCAAUCGAACCAUGUCCAACAGAGUUCAACUCUGAUCAAGGAUCAGCAGUAUCUGGCUCUGGUCGAGAGCCAGAUACGAGCUGAGAAGGCUCGUGGAGAAGAGAUGGACAGGAUGAGAAAGGCUUCCCUUGACAAACUCAACUACCAACAGCUCGAGCAUUUGAGAGGGGCGAUUAUGGAAUUUAGCAAGAAACUCGGAAUCCAAGUGGAGAAGGGUGUGGAUUCAAAAAGGGGGUGCGAUGUUGUUCGUGGAACAUAUACCGGUCAAGAUUUUGGUGCUUCUUCUUCUUCCCAUGGUAAUGUGGUUCCUUAUGCGACUGUGAUUCCAUAUGAUCAAGGGGCAACAAGUGCUGAUGCUGAAGAGUUCAAUGAUGGCUAUGGACGUUACAACGGAGAUGGGAUUGGACGGGAUCUGAGUGAAGGUGGGGACUGUUACAUCAGAGAUGGGAUUGGACGGGAUCUGAGUGCAGGUGGGGGAGUGUGA